AUGAAGAGUGGAGAUAACGACAAGGACCCGAGCGACGAUCGGUAUCCGGGCCUAUUCUACUUCGUGUCGACGCAAGUACCAGCUGGUCCAGAGAAGGAUGAAGACCUUGAGGAGCCAGCAGCUGUGGGAAAGGUGACCCUACACCCCCUGGACUUUUGGGUGAUCGAUAGUGGCGCUACCUAUAGCAUGACACCUCGCCCCGACUUGCUCACCGAACUCGAGCCGUCACCGGUGAAGCAUGUCACAUCGGCUUUGGGGCAGCGAGCAGAGGUGAAAGGCAUGGGCAAGGCCAUGUUCAAGGGUGCUGAUGGGAAGAUGGUGGGCCUCAAGAACGUGCUUUGGGUGCCCAGCCUUGCAGCCAACCUGAUUUCCGUGCGGCGAUUGGCAAAGGCCGGCAUGGACACGAACUCGAAGGGAGCCAAGACCUACACCGCAAGGAUUGGUGACCGAAUUCUUUGGGACAUUGAAGAUAGGGAUGUCUACAACGAGAUGUGGCAGAUCCCUGUGGUCCCCAUGCAUAAGGAAAGGCAAGUGGCAGCAAGCGUCAGCACCAAAGGUGAAGCGGUUGGUAGCGGCGAUGGCGCGAACGGUCGCGCUAAGGAGAAUGAGCCCAAGAAGGGCAAACCUGGAGUGACCAGCAAGCUGUGUGACCAUAAGGAGAGAGGUGCAGCAGCCAAGAAGCAGCACAAGGGUGAGGAGAACCCCGAGGCAGCAGCGAAGGAGGAGUACGGAGAGAGUAUGUGGGGCGCUAUUGCGAGCGCGGCAUUCUCCAAUCCGACUUCGGCUACGGGGGAGUGUGAUUGGCUCACCUUGCAUCGGCGAAUGGGGCAUGUGGCCCUGCCCAUCUUGCAGCAGCUAGUGAAGAACCAGAUGGUUGCUGGCAUACGUGUGAAGGGGGAGCCUGAUGAGGUGCUUGGCUGCCCGACGUGCAUGCAAGCCAAGUUUAUCCGCUUCCCGUUCUCUAGUUCGGAGGCAACGGCAAAGGCACCGCUUGAUGAGGUGGUGAUGGACGUGGUGGGCCCCCUGAAGCUUGGAGCUGCUGGAGCAGACUACGUCCUCACCAUUGUAGAUGUUUACACCCGCAUGACCUGGGUGUACGUGCUGGCCAAGAAGAGCGACGUUGCUGAAACGUUGAAGACCGAUUGGUUCCCGAUGGUGGAGCGGCAACAAGAUCGACUAGUGAAGUCAAUCCGCACCGAUCGAGGGGGAGAGUUCCUGAGCAAGGAUUUUGGGUUGUGGCUGAAGAAGAAUGGUAUUCGGCACUCCCUCACCAUGCCAUACUCCCCUGCAAUGAACAGCAUCGCUGAGCGAGCGAACUGA